AUGGUCGCUUGGUCAAGAAUUUGCCUCGCACUUUCCACGGUUGGCGGUGCUUAUGCCGCUCCUUCCGCUGCCAACCAUGGUCCUCUGACCCUCUUCAGCGAGAUCAAGCAGAUCCCCUCCAAGUGGCAGUCGACUGGUGCCGCCGCCAAGUCGGCCCUGAUCAAGGGCCAGAUUGGUCUCAAGCAGGGGGACAUCAAGGGCCUGGAGGCGAAGCUCCUUGACAUCUCUAACCCCAGCAGCGAGAACUACGGCAAGUGGCUGUCGCAGGAUGAGGUUGCCAAGUACACUGCGCCGGCCGAGGGCAGCGUCGACGCCGUCAAGUCUUGGCUCGCCGCCCAUGGCAUCUCCGAGACCUCCCAGCCUACCAAUGACUGGAUCGAGUUCACCGCUCCCGUCAGCCAGAUGGAGUCGCUCCUCGGCACCCAGUAUGAGUGGUUUACCCAUGAUGAGAGUGGCAUCACGAUCCCCCGUACUACCAAGUAUCUGGUUCCCCAGGCCCUCCACGACCACAUCGACAUGAUCACGCCCACCACGGCCUUCUACAACGCCAUCGGCGCCCACGCUGCGGCGACCGAGGAGAGCGAUGUCGUCGCCAACGCCGUUGAGCGCCGUGACGCCUGCCUCAGCAACGGCCACAUGACUCCCGCUUGUAUCAACCAGCACUACAACGUCGACUACACGGCCAAGGGCACGCAGCUCUGCGGAACCACCGGCCUCAUCGGCAUCGGCGCCAACCACACCGACUACGCCACCUUCGGCAACGCCUACGUCUCCGGCCUCAAGGACUUCUCCGACGUCACUAUUAACAACGCGCCCAACUCGGGCAACGGCACCGAGAUGGAGGGCAACCUUGACACCCAGUACAUGGGUGGCCUCUGCUACCCGAACCCCAGCGUCUACCUGUCCGCCGGCCCGACUGGCGCCCAGGACUCGCAAUUCGGCGACGCCCUCGCCAACAUUGCCAGCUACCUGACCUCCACCUCCAACCCUCCCUCGGUCGUGUCCACCAGCUAUGGCGGUGAAGAGAACGGCUUCGAUGGCGACUACAUGGACAGAGUGUGCAACGAGUUCAUGAAGGCCGGCUCCCUCGGCAUCACCCUCACCCUGUCGACCGGCGACCACGGCGUCGCCGCCAACGGCGAGACUAGCUGCUACAACAACGGCUUCUACGCCAUGUGGCCCGCGAGCUGCCCGUACGUGACCGCUGUCGGCGGCACCCAGUUUGGCAGCUCCGGCGAGGUCGUCGCCAACUUCCAGACGCUCAACAAGAAGUACACCUCCCCCGGCGGCGGCUACUCCUGGCACUUCAGCGCGCCCGACUACAGCAAGAACGUCACCACCGCCUACGCCAACUCGCUCGAUUCGAGCUACAACGGCUACCUCAACACCGGCGGCCGCGGCUACCCCGACAUCUCGCUCGUCAGCGUCAACUUCGAGACCUACAUCAACGGUCAGCUCUACCACAUGUUCGGCACCUCGGCCUCGUCGCCCUCCGUCGCCGCCUUCAUCGGCGUCCUCAACGACUACCGCAACUCCACCGGCAAGUCUACCCUCGGCUUCAUCAACCCGCUGCUCUACUCCUCCACCGCCGCCACCGCCAUCCGCGACAUUACCUCCGGCAACAACUUUGGCUGCGGCCUCAACGGCUUCUAUGCCGGCACCGGUUGGGAUGCCGCCAGUGGUCUUGGAUCGCUGGACUUUGGCAAGCUCCGUGCUGUUAUCUAG